GAGAGAGAGAGAGAGAGAGAGAGAGAGAGAGAGAGAGAGUGAGUGAGUGAUACACUCAGCUCACUAAAUGAAUGGAUCCUGCUCGCGUAUGGGCGAUUUUUCCAGCAUCAUCUAAUUCUGGAUUCAAUGCAUUUAUCACUCGGGAUCAGUAAUGACUUGGCUUCUGAUGUGGGUUCUGCUAUUUGCUUGUGUACCACAGAUUCACAGAGCAUUUGCCCAUGAUUCCUCUAAAAUGCAGUCCACACCAGAGCCCAUCACCCCGGAGCCCUAUAAUCGCACCCAGUACUGCCAGUGGCCCUGCAAAUGUCCUAAAACUCCCCCCAGCUGCCCACCAGGUGUGAGCUUGAUCAUGGACGGCUGCGAUUGCUGCAGAGCAUGUGCCAAACAGGUGGGAGAGGUCUGCAACGAGAAAGAAAACUGUGACCAUCAUCGUGGCCUUUACUGUGAUUACAGCGCAGACAAGCCUAGGUACGAAAAAGGAGUCUGUGCGUAUCUGCCAGGCACAGGCUGUGAGCACAAAGGUAUGAUCUUUCGCAAUGGCCAGAGCUUCCAGCCCAAUUGCAAAUACCAGUGUUUGUGUGUGAAUGGGGCGAUCGGAUGUGUCUCGCUGUGUAAUGAGUCUCAGCCCCCCAGGGUUUGGUGCCAGAACCCACAGCGAGUUCAAAUCCCCGGCCGCUGCUGUGAGCAGUGGAUCUGUGAUGAGGCCAGGAGGGGACGCAAGACAGCACCAAGACACACAAUGGCUGCCCUAACUAGUGUAAAAGACAACUGGCACAAGAACUGUGUGACACAGACAAGCUCCUGGAGUCCCUGCUCAAAGACCUGCGGCCGUGGAGUGUCUUUACGCAUUACUAACAACAACAAGCAGUGUCAGAUGGUCAAAGAGAGCAGACUCUGCAACAUCCGGCCUUGCAAAGUGGACAUCACAAAACACAUCAAGCCUGGAAAGAAGUGCUUGAACAUCUACAGGGAGGAAAGGCCACAUAACUUCACUAUCUCAGGCUGCACAAGUACAAACAAUUACUGGCCCAAGUACUGUGGAGUGUGUACAGAUGAGCGCUGCUGCAUCCCUUAUAAAUCUAAGACUGUUGAGAUCGACUUUCAGUGCCCGAACGGAUCCGGCUUCACCUGGCAGAUCAUGUGGAUCAAUGCCUGCUUCUGCAACCUGAGCUGUAAGAACCCCAAUGACAUAUUUACAGAUCUAGAACUGUACCAUGAGAGAGGUGAGGUUGGAAACUGAGUGUACGAGACCUUGCAGAAAAGUCAAUAGAAAGAUUUGGCAGAAAGCCAGUUUUUGUGUUCCUGAGCAAGAGUUGAUAUUUGACUGACCAUCAUCAGUGUUUUUUUGGAGUUUUUUAAAUGGAAAAACUGAAAUACACUAAUUCAUCCUAAUAUAUUUUAUUGUAAGACAAUGUGGCCUAUUGCAACCAAGAUUUUCAUGUACGUAGAGUUGUUUCAACCAAGAGUAUCCCAGCUUUUGUCAUAUUGCGACAAAUCCUUUUGUACAAAUGAUGUAAGAAGAAAAUAUCAUAUUGACUUCAGUUUAAUUUAAACAAAUUCUAUUAAAUAAAUCUAUAUUAAUUUUAUGUAUUGAUAAUGUACAGAUUUUGUAACUUCAUGUCUUUUCUACAUUUAUGCUCUUUAAUGAAAGCAUAGUCCUUGAAGCAAAUUUUUCCUUAUAAAGUUUGGCUUUCCAUGUACUAUAGUUUUAUAAGUUUUGUAUAGACAGUUCUAAUUGAGAGACAAAAAAAAAAAAAAAAAAAACAAGUUGAGUAACCAGCUUUUUAUUUUCCUUUUUUAAAUAAAUACAAACUGUUAUACAAUUAAAAAUGCAGUGCAUCAGAUUGUUUUACAUCUUUACAAAGCAGAAUGCCAUACCAAGCUGCAAGCAUUUGUUUUAGUAUGUGUGGAAGAACAAGUGAGUUGCUUAUUAUCUCUUUCUGAGCAGUCCUUGGUUUUACUCUUUCAAACCCUCAGGAAAAAAAAGCAUCCAGUCCAAGUAGAGGAUUCCAUGGCACAUUUUGUUCUGUUGUGCUUGAUUGCAUAGAAAUCAUAAUCAUUACAAAAAAAAAAA